AUGACAUCUCUGACAAGUGUCAUUGCCUCCCACCAGUCCGAGUGGGUGUCCUUCACUGACGAGCUGCUCCUCCCUGUUCACCCACGAGGUAGCACUGAGGCUCCUCCAGUGAAAUGUUUUCAUUCCUCAGACACAUCCUCAGAAGAGCAUCACAGUGCAAAUGGAGAAUUUCAAGGCCUUUUCUGCACAGAGCUGGAAAAGGCAGCUGAGCAGCCCAAGCUGGAUUCUGCUGGGCUUGGUAACCAUGUGUGUCCCAGCACUGAUCUGUCAUCAUCCAUCGGUGCUUGGGUUCAGUUUGAGGAUGCACCAUGGACCAGUGCUUCAUCAACCCACCCACAAACAGUGUCUGCAUCAAAAGCACCCAGCUGGACUUCCCCCUCUUCCAACUCUUCUGAGAGGCAAGCCCGUGCCUCAGAGAGCAGCUGGACAACCAACUCAGAGGACACCAGCAGCCCAAGCAUUGCUCCCUCAUACACAGAUCUGCAGUCACUUAAUACCGAGGACUUGACCAGUGGUAGAACAUCUGCAGCAGAUUCAGCUGACAAUUCCUCGUCCCUCCAGGAAGAUGAAGAGAUAGAUAUGGAGGCUGUCAACUGGCAGCUGAACAGCACCUCCAUGAAUGGCCAUUCAUCUACCCCAACCACAGUUCGCUUUCCCAGCUGGGUGACUUUUGAUGACAAUGAAGUCAGUUUUUCACCACAGAGCCUUUCUCCCUUGAAAACAGAUACCCCACCUGCAGAAACACAGGCUCCAGAUGUUAACUUUAAUCACACUAUAUCCUUAAAGAAAAGAGAACGUCCUAAAAGCACAUUGGGAGACUUCGCCAAAAUUCAAAAACUAGACCUCUCCUCUUUAACCAAGUUGCCUUCUGUCGAAACACCACCAUGGAGUGCUACUAAUCCCUUUCUGGAUGAAUCUCUUCGAGAUGUCCAACCCUCACCCAUCAAUCCAUUCAGCUCAUUCUUUGAGGAGCGAGAGAGGCGUUCCAAAAGUUCUUCUGUCUCCAGUGCUCCAGGCAAAAGCCACAUAGACUCUCUUAUUAUUUUCCACCAAGAGCCUGAUACCAUCAGUUUCCAUGAGGCAAACAAAACUGUAACCCACACGGAUGCUGUAGAGCAGCUCAAACAGCUCCAGAUUGGAGACCCAGAUCGUGUGAGUAGUCCUACGUUGCCUGAUGAUGACCCCAUGAUGCCAUAUGAUCUGGAUGCAGCUUUAUUUAACCUGGUACCAGCUCAGCCAAAGGAUGGAUGGCCAAUGAUGCUGAGGAUCCCAGAGAAGAAGAACAUUAUGUCAUCCAGGCACUGGGGACCAAUCUAUGUCAAGCUAACCAACAGUGGCUGUAUACAGCUUUUUUAUGAGAAGGGACUAGAGAAGCCUUUUCGGGAACUCAAACUUGAAAUAAAUCAUGAGAUUUCAGAGCGCAAACUGCAGAACUAUGAUGAGAAUGGAAGGAUACACAGCGUGCGGUUGGAUCGCACAACAUACAAGGAGAAAAAGAAGUAUCAGCCUAAGCCUGCCAUUGCACACACUGCAGAGAGAGAGCAAAUUAUCAAGCUUGGGACUACAGAUUAUGAAGACUUCCUUAGCUUCAUCACUGCUGUGCAAGAUACACUAAUGAACUUGCCAGCUUCAUCAACAGAUCUGAGCACAGUGGGACUGAAUUAUCAAGAAGAAGAAAUCACUGUGGAUGUGAGGGAUGAGUUUCAUGGCAUCUUGGCUAAGGGAGAUAGUGUGAUUCUCCAGCACAGUGUGCUGACUCAUAUCUAUGUUCUCAGCUUCCUUUCUGGUCUGGCAGAAUGCAGACUGGGUCUUAAUGAUAUCCUGAUUAAAGGGAAUGAAAUAGUUGCAAGACAGGAUAUUAUGCCCACUACUACCACUAAGUGGAUUAAAUUAUACAGCUGCCGAUUCCAUUCUUGUGUGGAUGAGGAUAUGUUUAAUAACUCCCGUAUUAUCCUGUUCAACCCCUUGGAUGCCUGUCGGUUUGAACUGAUGAGAUUCAGGACUGUCUUUGCUGAGAAAACUUUGCCUUUUACUCUGAGGACAGCUGCCAGCAUCAAUGGUGCUGAGGUGGAGGUGCAGAGCUGGCUGAUGAUGUCCACGGGGUUCUCUUCCAAUCAUGACCCUUUAACUCAGGUCCCUUGUGAAAACGUGAUGAUCCGUUACCCUGUGCCAAGUGAGUGGGUGAAGAACUUCCGCAGGGAGAGUGUCCUGGGGGAGAAAUCUUUGAAAGCCAAGGUGAACAAGGGAGCCACUUUUGGAUCAACCAGUCUGUCUGGUUCUGAGCCAGUAAUGAGAGUAACUUUGGGAACUGCCAAGUACGAGCAUGCCUUUAAUUCCAUUGUAUGGAGGAUAAACCGACUGCCUGACAAAAACUCAGCUUCUGGCCAUCCUCACUGCUUUUUCUGUCACCUAGAGCUUGGCUCUGACCGGGAAGUGCCUUCCAGUUUUGUCCGCUAUGUAGAUGUGGAAUUUGACAUGCCCACCACCUCUGCGUCCAAAGCCGCUGUUCGGUCCAUCUCUGUUGAGGACAAGACUGAUGUGAGGAAGUGGGUCAACUAUUCAGCACACUACAGUUACAAGGUCGAAAUAGAGCAGAAAAAAAGCUUGAAUGAGGAUCUGAAGGGUGAAGUUACUGCAAAUAUCAAUGAAUGUGCUACACAGUAA